CUGCUGGUUCUAGACGGCUCUGGGUUCUAUAUGGACCCUACAACAUUUCUUUGUUUUGGAGUCUUUCUCUUUGUUAUCUAUAAGUUUAUUUGGAGAUGGGCAACAUUUGCAAAACGAAAGGAAAGUAAUCAUGUCGACUCGUGUGAGUCUGUCAGUUGUGUCCGUUGCAAAGCGUACGAUAGAAUACUAGAGAUAUCAGCUAUCCGUUAUAAAGAGUCACAUCUGACACACACUCCUAGCAAACGUGUGAAACGAGCGGUUACAGAGCGUUGUAUCUCACGAAAUCCCAUUCCAGACGACUGGCUGUCCGAUGGACAACAUCCCAACGUUUUUAUGAUUCCAGGACUGCGAGCUUUGCCGUGGCACGACAUACGGGAAUUCGGUCGCGCCCUCGAUGUUGUACAGAGUUCAGAGAUGAUUGAUGUGUUAAGAAAGGAAUUUCAAGAACUAGUUUUUCAUUCGUCGUCUUUAUGGCAGACCAACAGGACUCCUUCGGGUCAAUGGAAAGUGUGUCAUCUAGUGAAUCAAGGACAGCAGGUUGAACAAACCUCUGCCAUUUGUACUAACAGCAUGUCAAUGCUGAAACGAUUGCAACCAGGCUGCUGCAUGAUCAAUAACAUAUUUGGGAAUGCUAGUUUCUCUGUUGUCCAACCUGGCUGCCAUAUUAGUCCUCACAGUGGGCCAACAAACAUUCGUCUUCGCUGCCAUGUCCCUUUAUUUGUGCCCGCUAAGUGCACAUUGAGAGUUCACACCUCACAGAGAUCGUGGGUGGAAGGAGAAUGUUUGAUAUUUGAUGAUUCGUUUGAACAUGAAGUAUGGCAUCACGGGGACGAUGGGUAUGGAGACAGAGUAGUAUUUAUGUUUGAUAUGUGGCAUCCAGACCUAGCACUAGAAGAAAGAGCAGUCAUAGAUGACCUAUUUGCUCCUGAUAGUGCAAACAGACAUAAUUAAAUAGUAAUGCAUUACUGUGUAGUUGUGGUAAAAGGUACUAAUAAUACACGAUACCAGCUCUACUGCAACCCAAAUGUGACCUUAGAAUGAUCCACUCAUCAGUACAGACUAUAAUGCACGUAUAGACCCAAUGUAGUCCC